AUGUUGGAGGAACAGUUGGUCUCCCAACAGGGCUACUCAAAGGGAUACUUAGUUCAAACUUUGAUACUGGAAGAGCAGUUCCUAAAGUCAUUUAAUGGAAUUUGUCAGGGGAUUAUUCAGGGUGUGAAGGAGUUACUUCUGUUACAGAUUGCCCUAGAGACGGCAUCAGGACACACGUACCAAUGUCCUUACUCUAUAAGGAGCCCACCACAUCCAUUCAUCACAAUAUUCACCAAUCGGCCUGAAGAGUCAUGGCCGCUUCUUCAACAGGAAGUCUAUGUAAUCUGCUGCCAUGCCAGCAAAAGAUCAGAAGAGCAUAUUGUGUCCAUGUUGGCACCCUUCCUCAAGUUUGUCCUCCUGCAUCCACAACCAUCUCAACAGUUAUUUCCCCUGAGACAAGUCCUCCAGAAAGUGCUGCUUCUAGUUUGCAGAAAAGGAAGCCAUCGAAUCAGAGAGCAGCUUAUCUCCUUUUUGGCCAACAACAUUGCAGUUCUACAGAUAGAUACCCUUGAGACCUUUUCAAAUGCCAGUGAUUUUGUGAUGGCUUUAACCGACAUUGGCCUGGAAGACUCGGCUGUUUGUGGACAUGAGUGUCUUGACAAGCUGAUUAGAGGUCUUAUGGGACUUGUAAGUUUCUCUGUCAGCAGGUCAGGCUGGCCAGGGCUGAGGAUUACUGACAUCAUACAUCAGACGGCGCGACACUGUCCCCAGGUGAUAGCCAAUGACGACCUCCUGGUAUCUGUGACAUCAGUGUUGCUGAAUGCCCCCAUGGACUUGCUCUUCAAUCUUCUCUCUGUCGUGAAGAUUGCCCUGCUGACCCCAGAGGCUCUGUGUCCAGUUGUAAUUGGAAUGACCAUCAUGCCUGUGGUUCAGGUUCUAGCCCUACCAUCACCAAUCAUAAUGGAGAAAGAUUUGAGGAGAUGCCAGCAUGUAGCCGCAGACAUCAUAAACUUGAUACAAACUGGAUUGUGCAUCUCCAAGAACACACAGGAUAGUUCAGCAAAACUGGAGCCACCGAGCUGUCACUAUCUUGUCACCAGUGAUCUUUUUUUACACUCGUAUAUUUCCAAUCAAGCCAAAGUAUUUUCAACCAGCAGCAGGACAACUGUGAAUUGGCUGAUAAGCCUAAAGAAAUCAUUGGCCGACAUGGACAGUAUACCACGACCAUUGACCAAUCUAUUGGUAGCAUUGUUAGUGACCUCAGAGAAGGCAGAUGUCACGACCUUGACAUUGGAGAUCAUUGCAGACAUUGCCAAGAAAGAUCAGUCUCAGGCUCCAAGCUUUCUGUCGGUGUUGUUGUAUGAGCUAGGUAGACAUGAUUCACCAGAGAGACGAUUGUCCAUCCUGAACACUAUACCCUCUGUGGCCACACACAAGGUUUGUGUUGCUCCCAUUCUUCAGACGAUUCAGAUGCUGGGGAAAGAUCCCCGACUGCGUGCUGUGUCCUUGUGUCUGCUGACCUCACUGUGGAAGAUACAGGAGCGCUGCUUCCCCAGCUCUACAGCGCUUUAGAGGAAGGCUCAGAGGGACACAGACCUGAGGGUGGGGUGAAUGAAUGGCUGGUGGCUAAGGCCGCCAGUCUUAGGGAAGUCUGUUUAGACAGACCUCAUCAGCACGGAGCAGAUUUGUUGACUCCCUUGUCCAACCUGUUGAACACCUGUACUGGGGAUGAGGGUGGUGUCCCCACAGCUCUGGCACUAGAGGGCC